AACAGAGUUGCAUUAUUUCUUAGAAAGGCUCUUCUUAGAAAUAAUGCUACUCUGCCUCUGGCAACAUCCUUCUGGAUGUUUUUUCAAUAUAAGGCAGGGUUAUUGGAAAGUCCUUGUGAAACAUAAAAAACAAACACAGUACAUCUCAUAUUAUUGAAAGGCCUCACUUCACAUAUUGGAUUUCAUUGUUGUGAAGCCUGAUGCCUCCAACGUGAAGCCAGUCUGCCGUGCUUUUGAUCCUGCCAGGACAAAGAGGCGUACCGCUGGGCUAUCAAGGAGACGUUAAAGACAAUGCUGUCCAUCGGAUGGACGGUGGAGAGGAGUACCGAGGGCGACUCCUUUGGUCUCCCCACCACUUGCACACGCAGGCCCCCGCAGGCAGGACCGUUGUCUUUUGAGGGAGCCUCCACCUUCACUCCCAAACCCUUGGACAUGAGUAGUGUGACCUUGUCAUGGAACCAGUGUUCUAUGGCCGAACAGUUGGCGGAGAACUACCAUAACUCUUGGGCCAAGAGCAAGAAGCGGGAGCUGGAGGCCAAAGGUGGAGCGAGUCAUUCCCUGCUGGUGCCCUACGACGCCCUGAGCGCCAAGGAGAGGAGCAAGCUGCGGGACAGAGCCCAGGACGUCCUGAAGUUCCUCCAGCUCAACGGCUACACAGUGUGGAGGGACCGGAAGUCGGUGGAGACGGACUGCCCGGCCAUAGCCACCCGCUACGGCUACACCCUCCUACAGAGGCUGCUGUCCUACACAGAGGAGGCCCAGGAGGACAUCCUGGAGCUGGAGGUGAUGCAGGCCAGAGGGCAGACAACCAAGGGCGAGAAGCCUCAGCACCAGCAGAGGAUGCACUUUCUAACCAAGGUGGUGCUUCCUCUGCUGGAACAAUACCUCAAGAGCCACCAGGCCUACUACCUUUCCAACUCCAGCACGUACCAAGGCACCAGGGGCCACGCUUCUAACAAGGAGAAAGAGAUGGUCGUCAGUUUGUUCUGUAAACUGGCGGGUCUAGUGAGACGUCGAACAUCUCUCUUUGGUGGUAAAGACGCAUCCAUCAACAGCUGCCUCCAUGUCUUGGCUCAGGCUCUGGAUGCCAGGACCCUGAUGCAGGGCUCCUCAGAGGUCAUCCGGGCCUCCCUGCGCUCCUUCUUCGAUGCGGCAGCCAUCGACCUGGAGACGACGGUGGAGCACCUCUCCGUGACCCUGGCGGCCGUCCCCCAGGGCAGGGGUCCAGGUCCGCAGCAUCACCGGGGCCUGGCCAGCGUGUGCGGCUACACGGCCUCCACCCUGCUGCCCCUCCUCACCGCCCUGUCCCAGCACCUCAGGAGCCAGGGCUCUGGAGAUGACCUAUUAGUGGGGAGCGUCCAGGCGUACUGUUACCGGAUCCUCAACUGCCUGUACAGCCUGGGCACCAGCUGCAAAGUGUAUGUGGAGGGACAGAGGUCAGCCGCAGGCGCCUGUCUGGCCGCCCUGAUCGGGGUGAUCCCAGUCAGCGUCCUGGAGCCGGCCCUCGCCCAGGACCAGCCCAGCUCCAUCUUCCACACGCUGAGCGACACCGAGAGACAAGACCUGGGGGUGCCCGGCAGCGCGGAGGAGCUGUGUCCCCUGCUGCCCUCCCUGGAGCAGGCCCUGGGGGAGGUGGAGACCUUGGCAGCCGCCGGCGCCGGGGCUCGCCAGGCCCACUACGGCCACGUCACCGAGGUCACCCUGCCCCUGGUGUGCAGCUACAUGGCCCGCCGGUGGCAGCCGGUGGGACAGCUGGUUCACCUCGACACCGCUCUACUGGGCCACAUCCUCCGUAUCCUCCACAACCACCUGGGGAAGUGCCAGGGGGACUGGAUGCAGCAGCUCGCAGUCUUCGCCCAGCCAAUCAUCUGUGAGGCCUGCCCCGCCCUCCUGAAGAGCCACUUCCUGCCGCUGAUGGAGAAGCUGAGGAAACGGGCGGAGGGCAUCCUGCAGGAGGAGGAGCGCAUGAAGAUGGACGUGGCGUCCCACAGCGACCGCUCCGAGGCCGAGCUGCGCAUCCAGGAGAAGUUCAUGGUGCUGGUGCGGGACCUGUACGCCUUCUACCUGCUGCUGAUCCCCUUCGUGGAUGCCAAGCGAGCCAGCUGGUUAAAGGAGUGCGACCCAGAGGCCCAGCAGUUGUUUGGCAUGGUGGCCGACAUCUUUACCUUUUGGGCCAAGUCUCAUAAUUUCAAGUGGGAGGAACAGAACUACGUGGUCCAGAAUGAAAUCAACAACUCAGCCUUCCUGGUCAACAGCAAUGACAAGAUGUCCAAGCCCAUGGACCAUGAGAACAGGAAGUCAAAAAGGAAGGGGGAUCGCUAUUCCCCACACACCUCUCUCAUUGUUGCUGCCGUGAAAAGGCUGCUCCCUGUAGGCCUGCGUUUCUGCUCUCCAGACGACCAGAGCCUUAUCGCACUGGCCAAGAGCCACCUCCAUCAGAGGGAUGCAGACGUUGAGAUUCAAGAGCAUAUCUGUAAUGGUCUAUUACAGCUUCAGAGCCGGGACUCAACAGUGAGCCAGUGGCAGAAGGACCUCUACAGCGAGCCAAUUGGGCCGCAUAAGGACAGCACAGACAUCCAGAGCAAUGCAACGAGGAUCCUGCACAUCGCCCGCGUGCUCUAUUACCUGGAUCAGGUGGCACACCCUCAGAGCGGCAAGAGAGCCGCCUGGCACACGGUUCUAUCCAAGCAGAGGAAGAGAGCGGUGGUGGCCUGCCUCAGGAUGGCCCCCCUGUACAACCUGCCCAGGCACAGAGCCGUCAACCUCUUCCUCCAGGGUUACCACAAGUCCUGGAUAUCAGCUGAGGAUCACAGCUUUGAGGAAAACCUUGUGGAGGGUUUAGCAAGGAGGGGAGUGAUGAAGCACUGCGGAGCCAGCAGUGAGGAGGAGGAGGAGGAGGCGGAGGAGGAGGAGGAGGAGAAGAGGAAGCAGAAGGGGGUGGAGGAAUGUGCCCAGCCAAUCGAUCCCCUCCGACAACUCAUUACGCUCUUCAGCCAGAGCGCCCUGACAGAAGGAAGCAAACCUGGGAACGACACGCUGUAUAUGUCCUAUGCCACAAUUAUGGCUAAGAGUUGUCAAAGAAAGGAGGAAGAGGAUGAAAACGAGGAGAUGAAAACCUUUGAAGAGAAGGAGAUGGAGAAGCAGAAGCUGUUGUAUCAACAGGCCCGGCUCCACGACCGCGGCGCUGCAGAGAUGGUGCUGCAGACCAUCAGUGCCAGUAAAGGAGAGAUGGACUCCAUGGUUUCAUCCACUUUAAAGCUGGGUAUUUCCAUCCUGAAUGGAGGAAAUACGACUGUGCAGCAAAAAAUGCUGGAGUAUCUUCGAGAAAGGCGAGACGUGGGCUUCUUCAAGAGCAUGGCGGGCCUCAUGCAAUCCUGCAGUGUGCUGGACCUGAAUGCAUUCGAGAGGCAGAACAAAGCGGAAGGAUUAGGGAUGACUGUGGACGAUAGCUCAGGGGAGAAGGUGAUGCCAGACGAAGAAUUGACCUGUGAUCUGUUUCGUUUCCUGCAGCUGCUUUGUGAAGGACACAACUCAGAAUUCCAGAAUUACCUGAGAACACAAACCGGCAACAACACCACAGUUAACAUCAUCAUAUCCACUGUUGACUACCUGCUAAGGCUACAGGAGUCAAUCAGUGAUUUCUACUGGUUUUACUCGGGGAAGGCAGUGAUUGAUAACCACGGGCGGCAGAGUUUCUCUAAGGCCAUCAGUGCGGCCAAGCAGGUCUUCAAUACUCUCACCGAGUACAUACAGGGUCCGUGCACGGGGAACCAGCAGAGUCUGGCCCACAGCCGCCUCUGGGACGCUGUGGUGGGAUUCCUCCACGUCUUCGCUCACAUGCAGAUGAAGCUCUCGCAGGAUUCCAGGCAAAUAAAUCUGCUGAAGGAGUUGAUGGAUCUGCAGAAGGACAUGGUUGUAAUGCUGCUCUCGCUGUUAGAGGGUAACGUGGUGAACGGCACCAUCGGGAAGCAGAUGGUGGACAUGCUGGUGGAGUCCUCCAGCAACGUGGAGAUGAUCCUCAAGUUCUUCGACAUGUUCCUCAAGCUAAAAGACCUGACGUCGUCCGAAGCCUUCCGGGAGUACGACCCCGAGGCCCAGGGCUGCGUGUCCAGGAAGGACUUCCAGAAGGCCAUGGAGAGGUGCAAGCGCUUCUCCCCGCCCGAGGCCCACUUCCUGCUGUCCUGCACCGACGCAGAGAGCCCCCUGCUGGACUACGAGGGCUUUGUGGACCGCUUCCACGAGCCAGCCACAGACAUCGGCUUCAGCCUGGCCGUGCUGCUCACCAACCUGUCGGAGCACAUGCCCAACGACUCCCGGCUCGGCACGUUCCUGGAGCUGGCCAAGUGCAUCCUGACCUACUUCCGGCCAUACCUGGGGCGCAUCGAGAUCCUGGGCAGCGGGAAGCGCAUAGAGCGGGUCUACUUUGAGAUCAGCGGGUCGAGCCGCACGCAGUGGGACAAGCCCCAGGUGAAGGAGUCCAAAAGGCAGUUCAUCUUCGACGUGGUGAACGAGGGAGGGGAGAAGGAGAAGAUGGAGAUGUUUGUCAAUUUCUGCGAGGACACCAUCUUCGAGAUGCAGCUGGCGUCUCAGAUAUCCGACUCCGGCGCCGGGCAGAAAAGUUCUGGCAGCGAUUUAGAGGAUGAGGAGGAAAAUGUUAAUAGCAACAACGGGAAAGAGCCGGACGCAAAGCCUGGCUCGACACAUGAAAACGCGUCUGGUGCGCUGUUGCCUUUACUCUCCCGCCGCAACGCGAGGAAGUACUUCAAGCGGAUGACGGCGAGGGACCUCCUGGUGGCGCCCGUGUGGCUGGUCAGAUGGGUCCUCCUGGGCACGGCGGCGCUGGGCUGGGCCGCGGUGCGCACCGUCCUCUACGCGCUGUACGUGGCCUUCAUCAACGGGGGCAUCGUCGAGGCCUUCCAGAGGACUGGGGUGCUGGACGCACUAGGCAGCAUCCCGGAGCCCACGCUGGACCGGGUCGCGGAGGCGUCGGCCCCUCUCCGGGAUCGGCGGCCCGUCUCCUUCCAGAGAGAAGGGUGGGAGCUGGGGGAAGGGGCUGGGGCGGGGGGGGGGGCAAAGCCCCCGGCAGCGUCCCCUCGAGAGGUGGACCGCCUCUCAGCCAUAUUUGGUAUGCGCCUGACGAAGGAAGACGGGCAGUAUCGAUUCCACACGGACGACCCUACAGCGAGUCUGACCGACCUGUACCGCGCGCCCGCCGCUGGACAGAGCGCCCCAGGUCACUUUGUCCCCGGGGAGCAUCAGGUGAAGGUCCUGCAGGCUCCGGCGGGUAUCGGGAGGGGGGAAGAUGAGAAAGUGUCUGAGUCUCAGAAGAAAAUAGGAGACGUGACUGAGAAGACGGAGGUCAAGGAGGAGACCAGGGGGAAGUGGAAAACCAAGCGGUGCUCCAGCCAGUGUGAGGAACCAGACGCCCAGCAGUCUGCCCUGUGGGGGUUGAUGGGCAGCUAUCAGAUGAAGCUGCUGAAUUGCUUUGCGAGGAAUUUCUACAACAUGAGAUUGCUGUCUCUCUUCGUGGCAUUCGCUAUCAACUUCAUCCUCCUCUUCUACAAGGUGUCUCCCUUCACCGUGGAGGAGGACCAGAUCAGCGCUACGGCGGCGGCGGCCUCGUCCCAGCCCGAGGGGGCUCAGGACCCCGCCGAGGGGGGAGGUGGCGGCGACGGGGGCUUCUUCGUCCUGGAGGAGAGUAGCGGCUACAUGAAGCCCUCGCUGCGCCUCCUGGCCGUGACGCACACCCUCUUCUCCUUCUGUUGCAUCAUCGGCUACUACUGCCUCAAGGUGCCACUGGUGAUCUUUAAGCGGGAGAAGGAAAUCGCUCGGCGGCUGGAGUUUGACGGCGUGUACGUGACCGACCAGCCCCCGGACGACGACAUCAAAGGCCAGUGGGACCGAAUGGCCAUCAACACACGGUCGUUUCCCAACAAUUACUGGGAUAAAUUUGUCAAGAGGAAGGUGAUGGAUAAGUACGGGGAGCUGUACGGCAGCGAGCGGAUCGGUGAGCUGCUGGGUUUGGACCGCGCCGCGCUGGACUUCAGCUCCCAGAGUGCGGAGGCCAGGAGACCCAGGAGGGACACGGCCUGGAGCUCUCUAUGCUACGCCGUUGACCUCAAGUACCAGGUCUGGAAACUGGGGGUGGUGUUCACUGAUAACUCUUUCCUAUACCUCACCUGGUACAUGGUCAUGUCAGCCCUGGGCCACUACAACAACUUCUUCUUCGCCGUUCACCUCCUGGACAUCGCCAUGGGCUUCAAGACCCUGCGCACCAUCCUGUCCUCGGUCACGCACAACGGGAAGCAGCUGGCCCUGACGGUGGGCCUGCUGGCGGUGGUGGUGUAUCUCUACACCGUGGUCGCCUUCAACUUCUUCCGCAAGUUCUACAACAAGGGCGAGGACGGCGGCACCCGGGACAUGAAGUGCAACGACAUGCUCACCUGCUACAUGUUCCACAUGUACGUGGGGGUCCGUGCCGGGGGGGGCAUCGGUGACGAGAUCGACGACCCGGCCGGCGACGAGUUUGAGAUGGAGCGCGUAGUCUUCGACAUCACCUUCUUCUUCUUCGUCAUCGUCAUCCUCCUGGCCAUCAUCCAGGGUUUGAUCAUCGAUGCCUUUGGGGAGCUGCGCGACCAGCAGGAGCAAGUGAAAGAGGAUAUGGAGACCAAAUGUUUUAUUUGUGGAAUAGGAAAUGAAUACUUUGAUACGGUCCCUCAUGGCUUUGAAACACACACACUACAGGAGCACAACCUGGCCAACUAUCUAUUUUUUAUGAUGUAUCUCAUUAACAAAGACGAAACCGAACACACUGGACAGGAAUCGUACGUGUGGAAGAUGUACCAGGAGCGCUGCUGGGAAUUCUUCCCUGUGGGCGACUGUUUCCGUAAACAAUACGAGGAUCAGCUGGGAUGACAAGCAGAGAGAUCCUACCCACCACCUACCUCCCCCCAUGACAAUGUCAUCACAUCUGACCUUGGUGGGCUACAUAAAGCACCCUCCCCACUGAAUCGGCUCCUGAGGAAUAUACAUCUAUCAUGUUUUACAUGUUGCCUUCGUAUGAUAAUUGUUUUUGAAAAGAUUACAGUACUUUAUACCAGUUAUUCUUAAGCAAUAAAAUACGUUUCAAUUUGAAAGUCCAAUUUACUCCUGCGACGCAGGCUUCUGCAUACCUCUCUUCUGCUCAGCCAUUAGCCAUCCUUUAUUUAUUUCAUCUCACGACUCUUCAUUUGUGCAUCCUCAUCUCUUUUUCUCCUCCCUCCGGAUUCUUUCUCCUCCCUCUCAUCUCUCUCUUCCUCCUUCUCUCUAUUCCUCCCUCUUUCUCUUUCUUCCUCCCCUCCCUCUCUCUUCCUCCCCCUCUCUCUUCCUCCCCCUUCCUCCCCGCUCUCUUC